AUUCAGCUGAUCGCCUGCAAGAGAAGCUACACUUCUUUUUAGUAGUCCGUAUAGCGAGUGACUUUACAAUUUGGCGCAACUUUCACCCGAAAAACGUGUUUAUUUGAGCAGUUUUAUAUUUGGAUGUUACAUCCGGUACAGCAUCUGUCACUGCCCGCCUCGAACACCGUCUUCCCCUCGGGCACCAUGAUCCAUGACUGCGGCUCUGAUCUGCUCUUAAAAUCACUACUUAUAUUAUUAACGUGGAGCUUCUUCUUCCUUAACAGCGAACGGGGAACUGACACAGUGGCUUCACGAGUAGAGCCGUGCGAGAGAGAGAGAGAGAGAGAGACAGAGUGACCCCGUCUACACAUCUCCAUCAGGUCACAAUAACAACAAAAAAGGCAGCCAUGCCCCCGCCUGCCGACAUUGUGAAAGUGGCGAUUGAAUGGCCUGGUGCUAACGCUCAGCUUAUUGAAAUGGACCAGAAAAGACCCUUGGCCUCAAUUAUUCGUGAAGUAUGUGAUGGCUGGUCUUUGUCAGGCUCGGAACAGUUUGCUCUACGGUAUGCUGACGGCCCUCAGCUUUAUAUCACUGAACAGAGCCGUGGCGAGAUCAAGAACGGGACCAUCCUUCGGUUAGCCAUUUCUCCUGCUCGUGCUGCUCGUCAGCUCCUGGAGCGAAUCCAGUCCCACGGGAUUGAUGCUCGACUGGAGGCUCUAAAGGAGCUGGCCAAGCUGUCGGCAGACCCCACGUUUGCCGCAGAGUUCAUCAACAUGGAGGGGAUCGGGACUCUAGCUCGACUGGUCGAGAGCGGCACACACUUUGGUGAAAUGCUGGCUUUUACUCUUACUGCAUUCCUGGAGCUAAUGGAUCAUAGUAUCGUAUCCUGGGAUCUUAUAUCCUUGUCCUUCAUCAAGCAGAUCGCAGGCUACGUGAACCAGCCCAUGGUGGACGUCUCCAUCCUGCAACGUUCUCUGGCCAUCCUGGAGAGCAUGGUGCUCAACAGCCAUAGUCUCUACCACCGAGUCGCACAGGAAAUCACCGUGGGACAACUCAUCGGGCACCUGCAAGUGUCGAACCAAGAGAUUCAGACCUACGCAAUCGCCCUCAUCAAUGCUCUUUUCCUCAAGGCACCCGAGGACAGACGGCAGGAGGAGUACACUAACCCGCUGGAGCAGCACCUCACCGAAAUGGCAAGCACUUUGGCCCAAAAGCACCUGCGAUCCAUCAUACUAAAUCAUGUCAUCAGAGGGAAUCGACCAAUCAAAGCAGAAAUGGCACAUCAACUCUAUGUGCUGCAGGUGUUGACCUUUAACCUCUUGGAGGAACGAAUGAUGACCAAAAUGGAUCCCAAUGACCAGACUCAAAGAGAUGUCAUUUUUGAGCUGCGGAAGAUUGCCUUUGAUGGAGAAAAUGACCCCACUGGUACAGAAAAGAGAAAGGCAUUGUAUGCAAAGGAUUAUAAGAUGCUAGGUUUUACGAACCACUUGAACCCUGCUAUGGACUUCACUCAGACUCCUCCAGGGAUGUUGGCUUUGGACAACAUGCUGUACAUGGCCAAGGUCCACCAAGAUACGUACAUCCGGAUUGUCCUGGAGAACAGCAGUCGCGAGGACAAGCAUGAGUGUCCCUUCGGUCGAUGCGCUAUCGAGCUCACUCGGGUACUCUGUGAGAUACUCCAAGUUGGAGAAUUGCCGAAUGAAGGCUGCAACGACUACCAUCCCAUGUUCUUCACCCACGACCGUGCAUGGGAGGAGUUCUUCUGCGUCUGCGUCCAGCUUCUCAAUAAAACCUGGAAGGAGAUGAGGGCCACCGCUGAAGAUUUCAAUAAGGUGAUGCAGGUCGUCCGAGAGCAGAUCACCAGAGCUCUGGCCAUGAAGCCUUCGUCUUUAGACCAGCUGAAGAACAAGCUACGAGGUCUCAGCUACUCGGAGAUACUGCGGCUUCGACAGUCUGAAAGGAUGAGCCAGGAUGACUUCCAGUCUCCGCCGAUCAUUGAGCUGCGAGAGAGAAUCCAGCCCGAGAUCCUGGAGCUCAUUAAGCAGCAGCGACUCAAUCGGCUGUGUGAGGGCAGCUGUUUCCGAAAAGUGGGGAACCGCCGAAGGCAAGAGAAGUUUUGGUUCUGCAGACUCUCUCUGAACCACAAAGUGCUGCACUACGGGGACUUGGAUGAAUCGCCGCAGGGCGAAGUGCCUUUUGAGAUGCUCAGCGACAAGAUCCCUGUCUCGGACAUCAAGUCUGUGGUGACCGGGAAGGACUGCCCUCAUAUGAAGGAGAAAAGUGCUCUGAAGCAAAACAAGGAAGUCCUGGAGUUGGCCUUCUCUGUCCUCUACGAUCCCGAUGAGACGCUCAACUUUGUUGCACCGAACAAGUAUGAGUACUGCAUCUGGACUGAUGGCCUGUGCGCGCUACUGGGCAGAGAGAUGGGCAGCGACCUGACCCGCAGCGACCUGGACACGCUCAUCAGCAUGGAGAUGAAGCUCCGCCUCUUGGACCUGGAGAACAUCACAAUCCCGGAGGCUCCGCCCCCUGUCCCCAAAGAGCCGAGCUCUUAUAAUUUCACAUACAACUACAGCUGAGAUGUAUGAUGACAAGAAUGUGCACAUUUGCUCUUAUUUCAAAGUGGGACGUUCAAAAACAGAUACAGUGGAACCUCAGUUUUCAUACGCCCCGGUUUUCAUAUGAUUUGGUUUUGGGGGAAAAUUAUAGCUUAAAAUAUGUUUCGGAUUUCAUACACCCCGGGUUUCUUAUGAUUUGGUUUUUGGGGAAAAUUAUGGCUUAAAAUAUGUUUCGGAUUUCCUACAGUGGAACCUCAGUUUUCAUACGCCCCGGUUUUCAUAUGAUUUGGUUUAAAAUUAUAGCUUAAAAUAUGUUUCGGAUUUCCUACAGUGGAACCUCAGUUUUCAUACACCCCGGUUUUCAUGAUUUGGUUUUAGGGGAAAAUUAUAGCUUAAAAUAUGUUUCAAAUUUCUUAUAAGUGGAACCUCAGUUUUCAUACGUCCUGGUUUUCAUGUGAUUUGGUUUUGGGGGAAAAUUAUAGCUUAAAAUAGGUUUCGGAUUUCAUACACCCCGGUUUUCAUAUGAUUUGGUUUUUGGGGAAAAUUAUAGCUUAAAAUAUGUUUCGGAUAUCCUACAGUGGAACCUCAGUUUUCAUACGCCCCGGUUUUCAUAUGAUUUGGUUUAAAAUUAUAGCUUAAAAUAUGUUUCGGAUAUCCUACAGUGGAACCUCAGUUUUCAUACGCCCCGGUUUUCAUAUGAUUUGGUUUAAAAUUAUAGCUUAAAAUAUGCUUUGGAUUUCCUACAGUGGAACCUCAGUUUUCAUACGAUUUGGUUUGGGGGGAAAAUUAUAGCUUAAAAUAUGUUUUCGAUUACCUACAAUGGUACCUCAGUUUUCAUACGCCCUGGUUUUCAAAUGAUUUGGUUUGGGGGGAAAAUUAUAGCUUAAAAUAUGUUUCGGAUAUCCUACAGUGGAACCUCAGUUUUCAUACGCCUUGGUUUUCAUAUGAUUUGGUUUAAAAUUAUAGCUUAAAAUAUGUUUUCGAUUACCUACAAUGGAACCUCAGUUUUCAUACGCCCUGGUUUUCAUAUGAUUUGGUUUUUGGGGAAAAUUAUAGCUUAAAAUAUGUUUCGGAUUUCCUACAGUGGAACCUUGGUUUUCAUACGCCCCGGUUUUCAUAUAAUUUGGUUUUUGGGAAAAAUUAUUUCUUAAAAUAUGUUUCAGAUUUUUUACAGUGGAACCUCAGUUUUCAUACGUCCUGGUUUUCAUAUGAUUUGGUUUUGGGGAAAAUUAUGGCUUAAAAUAUGUUUCGGAUUUCUUACAGUGGAACCUCAGUUUUCAUACGCCCCGGUUUUCAUAUGAUUUGGUUUAAAAUUAUAGCUUAAAAUAUGUUUCGGAUUUCCUACAGUAGAACCUCAGUUUUCAUUCGCCCCGGUUUUCAUACAGUGGCUCAGUUAUCGUGCAACCAAACAGUACGGCUAACACGAAGCAUCCAAAUGUUGGUGACUCUGAAGGGGUAGUGGUUCUUUUCGAGUGGGUAGCGCGCAGGCCACACAGCUAGGAUACCCAAGUUCGAUUCCACCCUUGGGCAUGUUUGUUGGACAUUUCAGAACGGAUUAAUGAUGAAAACCGAAGUUCCGCUGUACUUUGAAUAUGUGUUUCUUGGUUUACAACGCUUUGUAUGACUGGCUUCAUCUGAGCCUAGUACACUUUAACAUUGUGUUGCGAUUGUGUUCCUGUUUACAGUUUUAGCUUCACAUCCCACCUGUUUUUUUUUUUUGUAUUUUUUUUUGUAUUAUUUCCAAACACUGACAUCUACUUGAUUCAAAAGUAUGAACGAUAGAAACCUCUAAAUCGGUUAUGAGUAUUUCUACAGAAAUAGAUUACAUUUUUGGCAGUUUUAUCUGAAAAGUAGACAUUUACCGCACUUUUGAACCAGCUCCGAAGUAUCAGUCAUGAUAUUAAUUGGUACUUAACCUCGAAAUAGUAUUAAUUAUUACGUAAUAUCCUGCCAACACAAAUCUAGUACGAUUCAUGUCAAUGAUGUCAUUUGUCUAUGCUGAAUAGAAUUAUAUUUUUGUAAGUUAUUGUACACUGUGAGGGGCGUUGAGGUAACAUAACAUAACUUGGUGGUUUUUAGCAUGCAAAUUUUUUUUUUUUUUAAAUAUUUACUGUGCUGCGUUUCUGACUGCCAGGAAAAAUGUUGGACCAACUUUUCAAACCAUAAGCCCCUCAUUUUCGCCGUCUUUAAAAUAAUUAAUUUUACAAUCGGUGUUGGAGUUGGCGCUCUGUCAGACCCUGACGUCAACGUUUCGUGUGUCCUGUACAAGUCAAGCCCACAAGGGAACUACAAAUCCCGGUACUAUUGAUUGUCAAAAGAAAUAUGUCUGUUUUGAACUACUAAUGGAUGUUGUAUUGAUUUCUUAUUUUUUACAGUCAGACGCUGCUUUCCGAGAGUUGACGCUGCAUUUGACACGUGUCAACCACUGCAGUGACGAAUGGCUUUUUUGCAUUAGAUGACAGUACGAUAUUGCAAUUAAUAGUAAUGUUGUUGAAUGGGAUGUUAGUUGAGAUAUACAAAAAAACAAAAAUCUAAUCAUGGUGUAUGUGUACAGUAGAUCUGUGUAUAUAGUACGGUCUCGUGUCACCAUAUUGGAGGAAAUGUGUAAUGUUUUGUGUCAAUAACUAUAUCUACUGUUUAUUGUUGUGUGGUGAAUUUUUUCUCCUUUUUUCAAGGUGUUUAAACAACACUUUUCAAAACCCACCACACAUUCAUCAGGGGUCC